GGCGUGUACUUUAAGGGACCUCCGGGGUAUUCAGAUUUACUGUACAGCUCACCAACAACGAUUAGCUUUCCAAGGGAUGAAUAGAUUGGAUUUACUGAAGACUUGGAGCUUGCUUCUGAGAGUGAAUGCAAAAGGACCCUAAACUGUCAACCUUGAAGUUAGCAGCUUAGGCUUCAUCUGAUAUUACAUCAUAAGGACCACUGAUCACUAACCAAGAACAUUGGUGAACAGUACUGCAGUGUCAGAAAGAGGCACCAAGAAGACAUUCCUAGAGAAACAUGGAUGGAGUUGGAAAUCUGACAGUAUCUUCUUCCAGUAAUAACACAUGCAAUGACACUAUUGAUGACUUCCGCAAUCAAGUGUAUUCCACCUUGUACUCCAUGAUCUCCGUUGUGGGCUUCUUUGGCAAUGGCUUUGUGCUCUAUGUCCUCAUAAAAACAUAUCAUGAGACGUCAGCCUACCAAGUAUACAUGAUUAAUUUAGCAGUAGCAGAUCUACUGUGCGUGUGCACACUGCCUCUCCGUGUGGUCUAUUAUGUUCACAAAGGCAUUUGGCUCUUUGGUGACUUUUUGUGCCGCCUUAGCACCUAUGCCUUGUAUGUCAACCUCUAUUGUAGCAUCUUCUUUAUGACAGCCAUGAGCUUUUUCCGGUGCAUCGCAAUUGUUUUCCCAGUCCAGAACAUUAAUUUGGUUACACAGAAAAAAGCCAAGUUUGUGUGUGUUGGUAUUUGGAUUUUUGUGAUUUUGACUAGUUCUCCAUUUUUAAUGUCCACAUCUUACAAAGAUGAAAAGAACAAUACCAAGUGCUUUGAGCCUCCACAGGACAAUCAAGCUAAAUAUCAUGUCUUGGUCUUGCAUUAUGUGUCAUUAUUUUUUGGAUUUAUCAUUCCUUUUGUUAUUAUAAUUGUCUGUUACACAAUGAUCAUUUUGACCUUACUAAAAAAUUCAAUGAAGAAACAUCUAUCAAGUCGUAAAAAGGCUAUAGGAAUGAUCAUAGUUGUGACAGCUGCCUUUUUGAUCAGCUUCAUGCCAUAUCAUAUUCAACGCACCAUACACCUUCAUUUUUUACACAAUGAAACUAAACCCUGUGAUUCUGUCCUUAGAAUGCAAAAGUCAGUGGUCAUAACUUUGUCUCUGGCUGCAUCAAAUUGUUGCUUUGACCCUCUCCUAUAUUUCUUUUCAGGGGGGAACUUUAGGAGAAGGCUGUCUACAUUUAGAAAGCAUUCUUUAUCCAGUCUGACUUAUGUACCCAAGAAGAAGACCUCCCUGCCAGAAAAAGGAGAAGAAAUAUAUAAAGAAUAGUUUAAAUCCAUCUUUGAUGAUUCCCAAAUGAGUAUGUUCUCAAAUCAUUCACAAUAAAAAUAAAAAUUACCAUUAAUAACUUACAAAUACUUAGCUGAACGUGUAAUAAAUCUAUCUCAUUUAUGAAUCCAUAUUAUUAGAGGUCCUAAAGAUAUAAUUUAAAUGUUAAAACUUCAGUCCACAUCUAUGAACUAAAUUAUAAUUUAGUGGUUUUUUGAUCAUUCACCUAAAAGUGAAGAAUAUUUAUAUCUUGGCACUGUAAAAAGUAGGUCUGAGAUCAAGGUUUUCUCCCACAAAUAAAAGCUUUACAAGGGAUAAGACCUAGCUUUUUAAGAUAUAAAUAUAGCUAAUAGUUUUCUCAGUGAUUCUAACAUAUUCCUUUGCAUGCAUGACAUCAGAUGAGAACUGGAAUGACCCAAAAGCUACAUGAAAUGUACUAUUACCCUUUCUUUGUAGUAUUGACUGGCUAGGCAAAGUAUGACCAUUUCUCCCAAAAGAAAAUGUGCAACUGUUAGAAAACCCUAGUCUUCAGUCAAAUGGCCCUAAAGGCUCCAUUCAAUGUACAAUCUGGAAACUGAGGAAGAUAAACCUGAUCAAAAGCCAGUUUGUUUCCAAUUUUCUUCUGCUUUUGCCUUAAGGCCCCCAAAAAAGUAUAGUGAAGUUUUUGUUGCUCAUUGAGGUUCUUAUAUGGAAUUCUCUCCCUACAUGACAUACAAUCCUUCCUUAAGAAACCAGACAACUGGCACUAACAUAUAUGAACGGAAGUAAUUAAAAAUGUAUCUAAAGAAGAAGAAAGGGGGUCUACUUUUCUACACACUUAUUACUGGGAUCAAAAUUAACUGCAACUGGUCUCUGAAUAAAAUUUUGAAUGUUGCUAUUGCAAAUUUUUAAGACAUACAUAUAUUCAUGCAUAUGUGUAAAACUAUAUGUAAGAGAUUUUGCUCUGUGCAUUUAUGAGUGGAAGUUAACUAUAAGCUUUGUUAUUAUUUUUUACUUUUUACUUAUAUUGUCUCAUUGACAGGAAUACCAAGGAUAUGUUUACAAUGAUUUUUAUAUUACAGUGGAAGCUUUCUUCUUAAGACAGCAACAGCUUGAUUAUGGCUGAAAUAUAAUGUUCAUGGGCAA